UUUUAUUAUUCCAAGGAAAUUAAGUAAAGGAAAAAUAUAAAUUUUAAUUAAAUACGAAAAAAUUCUCGAUAACAAAAAAAUUAAACGUGAAAAAGCAAUAAAUCAAAGCUAUGAACAAUAUGAAAACAUUGAAUAUGCCAACGAUAACAGAAAAAACCGCGCACAAAUGUUGUCAUGCUGCGUACGCUUCAGCUGUUCCACAAUACCAACAAUAUCAGCCACAACAACAACAAUUUGCUGGAGCUCAAUAUGCUCAACCUUUGCAACAAGCCCAAUAUAAUCCUGCCGCUGCUGCUCCUCAAGUAGCUGCUUAUCAACCAGCUGCUGCUUCUCCUUAUGCCCAAACUUUGCAACAAUAUCAACGUCAACAACAGCAGCAACAACAACCUCAAGUGCAAGCUCAAGAUGCUCAACAACAAUAUGCUGAACAAUUGAGAGCCUACUAUGCCCAGCAACAACAACAACAGCAGCAACAACAACAAUUGUAUGCUCAACAACAGCAACAACAACUUUUGAAACAACUCUACUCCAGCCAACCUACUGCCGCCUCUGUACAAGCCACCCCCGCCCCAGUAGCCCAACCCCAACAGGCCAAUCAAUACUUCACCGCCGAACAAUAUGCCAGCUACUUGACCAGCCAACAACAACAACAGCAGCAACAACAACAAGCUCUCAAUGAACAACAACAACAUCAAUACUACUCAGCCCCCACCCAAGCUACUCACACUCAAGCCUACACCACCACUGCUACUCCUGCCUCUUCCUCCACCACUGCUCCUCGCAAUGGUUUGCAAUACUCUGCCGCCGAUCAAGUGUCGCAUGUCAAAUUCCAAAGUGGCAAUUUGGCCUAUAACUUUUAAACACUUCCGUGAGCGUUAACAAAAAGGUUGUGUUUGAUUAGCAUCGCUGAGUGCCGCCUUUUCUGUGUUCUUAGUGUGUUUUGAUUUUUUUUUUAUUUUUCAAAAUUUUUUUCUUCUUUUUUUUUGAAAAAAUUAUUUAAUUAUUUAUCUUCAUUUAUAUAUUUUUUUUUGUUUAUUUUAUCUAGAUUUAGUUGAAAA